CCCCUCCCUGUAGCGCCUGGCCACGCCCCCUUCCCUCGCGGCGGCGGCAACGCCGGUGGCGGAGUUGGAACCCUCAGGGUGACGGCGGGAGGGCCGGAGAAGAAGAGGCGACGACGAGGAAGAAGGAGGAGGAGGAGAAAAUGGCGGUAGUGGCAGCGGCGGCCGCUUGGCUGUGGAGCGGGCUAUGGAGCGAGCGCUUCUGGUUUCCGGCCAACGUGACCUGGGCCGCUUUGGAGCGGGGCGGCGGCGAGGAGAGCGGAUACAGCGCCCGGCACGCUUUGGCCGCCUUCCCCUUGGCGGCAGGCAUCUUCUUUCUCCGGCACUUCUUCGAGAGAUUUAUUGCCAAGCCAUGUGCUGUACAUCUUGACAUUCAAGACAAUGGACCUCGCAGAGCUCAGCCCAAUGCAAUUCUAGAGAAAGUGUUUACAUCUAUCACUAAGUGCCCAGAUGCAAGAAGAUUAGAAGGUUUGUCAAAACAGCUUGACUGGGAUGUCCGAAAAAUCCAGUGCUGGUUUCGUCAUCGGAGGAACCAAGAUAAACCAAGUACCCUUGCAAAGUUCUGUGAAAGCAUGUGGAGGCUGAUAUAUUAUUUAUGUAUAUUUAUCUAUGGACUCAGAUUUCUUUGGACGUCACCUUGGUUUUGGGAUACCCGACAAUGUUGGUACAACUAUCCUUUUCAGCCCAUAACAUCUGGCCUUUACUACUAUUAUAUUACAGAACUGGCCUUUUAUUGGUCUCUUAUGUUUUCACAGUUUACAGAUAUAAAGCGAAAGGAUUUCUUGAUGAUGUUUGUUCAUCAUUUGGCUACAAUUGGACUCAUCACUUUUUCCUACAUGAACAAGAUGGUGCGAGUAGGAACGCUGGUCCUGUGUGUUCAUGAUGCAUCAGACAUCUUCCUAGAAAUGGCAAAACUGGCCAACUAUGCCAAGUAUCAGCGACUGUGCGAUGCCGCCUUCAUACUAUUUUGUGUGGUGUUCAUUGUCACCCGCUUGGGGAUAUAUCCUAUCUGGAUAUUAAAUACAACCCUUUUUGAAAGCUGGGAAAUUAUUGGCCCUUAUCCAUCCUGGUGGCUAUUCAAUGGAUUGCUUUUAAUCUUACAAAUUCUACAUGUUUCCUGGUCAUAUUUCAUCAUACGCAUUGCCUACAAGGCCUUGGCACGAGGAAAGGUAUCAAAAGAUGAGCGAAGCGAUGUUGAGAGUAGUUCUGAAGAAGAAGAAGUGACUUCAAACAAUAGAAAAGGAAUCCUUAGUCCUUCAAACAACACCAAUCGGAUUAAUGGCCAUGUAACUGGUGACCAGUGGGCAGAAGAGGAGUAAGAUGAUGGGACUGAGAGGCAAAUAUAGACUUGCAUUCAAAUGUCUGAACGUGUCAUGCUCCACUUUUCCAAGAAAUCUUUAAUCAAGCUGCGCCCUCACCUUCAAUUCCUCCAGCAAAUCUGAAACAGGGACAGUACAGAGUCUUGCACAGAAGAGAUCAAGCUGAUUACUUGUGCAACAGCAAUUUCUGGUUUCACUUUUUAAAGAGAAUAAGCCAUUUUGUAUUUAAUAGUAUCGCAUGUUUGCUGGGGCGUUUGUUUAUGUUUGUGAUGUGUGACUGUGUGUGACAGAGAGGUUGAGAUGAGGACGGGGGCUUGUUGCUAAGAUCAACUCAAACUUAGGAGUAUUUUGGCUGGGGCUCUGAUUUUUCACAUGGUUCUGCCUACCACUUAAUUGCACUCCAGGAUGUUAUGACUGUAUUGUCUAGCCUCAUUUGCUUUAUGCUUAUGGAAGCCAGAGCCAAAGUUGUCCCUAUAAGGUGUGAUCUGUCCCUAAGAGGUAACCACGAUAAGCUUGUGGCUGUGUUAGUAAGAAACAGGUGAAGGAUUUGCUUAGUAGUCCAUGGUGUCCCAGCAACAAAUGUGUAUGUCUUGUUUGUUUGGGUGGGGAAGAAAAAACCGGCACUCACUACUUUUGUGGUGGGGGUGCUGAGGUAGUAUCUCCAAAGUCUUCACUUGAAUCUCUUCAAAUCACCUGCUUUUUUCUACACGUUCUAUGGAUUGGAAGCCACAUAGGAAUUAUAGAAAGACGUGGAUAGAUUUGUGGGCUAGGAUGAUAGACAUGGUUAUUCUGUUGUGUGUUGCUGCCUUUUCCUUAGGACCAAGUUGCAAACUUGCCUAUGGGUUUUGAGAAGUGCGCCACACCUGCUACAAAGCCUUGUGGUAUAUUCCCACUGGAAGGGAGAGGCUAUCCUAUGUGGACUUUGUCCCCCCUUCUUUUUACUCAAAGGUACUGCAGGGGACAUGAAAGGCAGCAAAGUGUUGUCAUGACCAGACUUUGAAAAUUCCCUGAGUUAUUAUCAUUUUAUACUAUUGUUUACUCUGUGAUUAAAUUUUUUUGCUUGAAUAA